AUGCUGCUGAGUAAAGAGAUAGUCAAUCUCAAUGUAUUUGGUCUACUCAUGAAAGAUAUCAUUGCCUUGCCUGUUUCGUCAUUCAUUUCUCCGGACCUCACUGUCGUCUUCAUUGUCGCCGUGAUCGUCGUCGGCGUUCCUUCACAGCAGAGUCCUCGUCUUCGGCGGUUAUACUUGGGUCUUCGUUCGCGUCUAGAAGCGGUUUUAACAAAUUCGGUAGAUGUGGCCGAAAACUCUCUGACCUGUGCAAUUCAGUCUUCUUUACUAAACACAGAACCUCCAUUUCUAAAGCAUUUGUGCCACCUCAAUGAGAGGAAACGUGGUGGCCGUGGCCGUGGUGGCCCUCCCUCCAGCACAGGGCAUAUUGACUUCAGUGGACGAGUUCUGGGUAAGCCUGUCCCUGAUGAGUCAAAAUCUGACUCACCUGAGUCACCUGUUCUUCCUGGAUCUGGACCUUCUGGUCUCGGUCAUGGCCGAGGCAAGCCCCUUCCUCCACCAUCCUCGGGUCACCCUUCAUUCUCAUCAUUUUUGUCUUCUUUAAAACCACCACCUGCAGGCCGUGGCCAAGUUACUAGCCCACCGACUUCUGGGGAAUAUGGCGGGGUGUUGUCUGGACUUGGGAGGGGAAAGCCAAUGAAGCAACCUGAUCCAGAGAACCAAGUCAAGGAAGAGAAUCGGCACCUACGUUCCCGGCAAACUCUAGACACCACCACAUCUAGGACUGUGUCUAAGAGUCAGCCAGUACUAAGUCGGGAGGAUGCAGUGAAGAAUGCACGGAAAAUUUUAUCACAAGUAGGGGAUAAAGGAGGUACUGCUGGUAGGGGAAGAGGAGAAUUUGCAGGUGGGGUUGGUCAAGGUAGAGGCCAGGGCCGUGGACGAGAUGGAAGGGAAAGGUUCACAUGGAGGGACAGAGGAGAAAGGGAUGGUCGGGAUCAGCGUAUUGAUGAUACCUCUUCAAAAGGAAUUUAUGUUGAAGAUCCAGAUGAUAGUGGUGAGAAGUUAGCCGAGAGGGUUGGGCCUGAGGUGAUGAAUCAAUUGGUUGAAGGAUUUGAGGAGUUGGCUGAUAGAGUUUUACCCUCACCGUUGUAUGAUGAAUAUUUGGAUGCACUGGACGUAAAUUGUGCGAUAGAAUUUGAACCAGAAUAUUUGAUGGGUGAGUUUGAUAGGAAUCCAGAUAUUGAUGAGAAACCACCAAUUCCACUAAGAGAUGCACUUGAGAAGGUGAAGCCAUUCUUGAUGGCAUAUGAAGGGAUUCAGAGCCAAGAAGAGUGGGAGGAAAUAAUGGAAGAGACAAUGGUGAAGGUUCCAUUGUUGAAGAAGAUUGUUGAUCACUACAGUGGACCAGAUAGGGUGACUGCAAAGAUGCAACAAGAAGAAUUAGAAAGAGUAGCUAAAACUCUUCCUCAAAACACACCAUCUUCUGUGAAGCGAUUUACAGAUCGUGCUGUUCUCUCUCUUCAGAGCAAUCCAGGCUGGGGAUUGACAAGAAAUGCCAGUUCAUGGGAUAAGCUAGUUUGGGAGGUUUCUCAGCAUUACAAAUGAGCUCUUAAUUUGCCCUUUCGGUUGCAUGCUUUUGUUUCGAGGUUUACAAUAUCAUCAUUUGUCGUUUGGGUAAGUUCUCUUGGAGCGCUUCCUCUAGCUGAAUUCAUUUGUUUUUUUCCCCUUUCCGGAAAAGAUAGUGCUAUUAAUUUUGU